CCAAACCUUACAAAGAACUAUAAUUUCUUAGCAAACAAUGACAUACUUGGUUAUCUUUACUUUGCUCAUUUGCUUGUUUAUUUUUUGCUACUUUUUCCGCAACAAAAAUGGUAUCCCAACUAAUUGGCCUCUUGUUGGGAUGCUUCCUGCACUCUUCCAAAACUUUCACAGAAUCAAUGAAUUUUUCAUUGAAAUUAUGGAGAAAUCAUCUGAGCUAACGUUUCUAUUUAAGGGCCCUUGGUUCAGCAACAUGAACGUUAUAGUUACCGUUGAUCCUUCCAACGUUCACCACGUGCUUAGCAAGAGCUUCGGAAACUAUGUCAAAGGCCCUAAAUUUAACGAAAUUUUCGAAUAUCUUGGAGAUGGGAUCUUUAACUCGGAUUCUAGUUUGUGGCAGUAUCAUCGAAGAUUGGCUCAUUCUUUCUUCGGCCAUCCCAAAUUCAAUUCAAUUUUUAUGAAGAAAAUUUGGGAAGAGAUGGAAAGUAGACUCAUCCCAUUGCUCAAUAAUGUCUCUAAGCAUGGUGUUGAAAUCGACUUGUAUGAUACGUUUAAAAGGUUUACUUUUGAUAAUGUAUGUAACAUUCUCUUGGACUAUGACCCUAAAUUUCUCUCACUCGAUUUGUCACCUAUUCCACUCUUCCAAGCCGUGAAUGAUGUAGAAGAGGUGAUUUUUCGGCGUCAUGCUAUGCCAACAUCUAUGUGGAAAUUUAUGAGAUGGUUGGGUGUAGGGGAAGAGAAAUACCAAAAAGAUUGCCAGAUGAUUUACGAUUUCACUAACAAGAUGAUAGCUAUGAAGAGAGCAGAAAGGAAACUCGAUAAUCCUAAAGAAGAAAGUGAGGUAAUAUUCGACAACUUAUUGACAAUUUAUAUGAAUGAGGUAGAAAAUCAUACAACUCCAACAAAUAGUAGCAACGGUGAUGAGUUUUUAAAGGAUGCGUUUUUAAAUUUUUUCAUAGCAGGAGGUGAUACAACUAGUGUUGCUUUAUCUUGGUUAUUUUACCUUCUUACCAAAAACCCACAUGUCACUAAUAAGAUUAGAGAGGAAUUAAAUGCUAUAAUGGUAGAAAGAGACGAUGAUGAUAAUAAUGACGAUUUUUUAAGGAAGUUUACUAAGCACAAAAAUGAGCUAGUAUAUCUUCAUGGUGCAGUAUGUGAAACAUUAAGAUUAUAUCCAUCUGUACCAUUCAACCACAAGAAUUCAAUUGAAUCGGAUAUACUUCCUAGUGGUCAUCGAAUUAAACCGAAUAUGCAAAUCAUCUUCAACAUGUAUGCCCAAGGAAGGAUGAAAUCAAUUUGGGGAGAUGAUUGUAACGAGUUUAAGCCCGAGAGAUGGAUAACGGAACGAGGAAACAUUAAGUUCGAGCCAUCGUACAAGUUUUCUGUUUUCGGGGCAGGGCCGAGGAUUUGUCAAGGAAAGGACAUGGCUUUAACCCAAAUAAAGAUUGUUGCAGCUGCCAUAAUUCAAAGGUAUGAUAUAGAAGUUGUCCAAGGACAUCAAGUUGUUCCUGAUGUCUCCCUUAAACUUCAAAUGAAACAUGGUUUUAAGGUUAAAAUUGUUCGAUGUUAAUAGUAAUAAAGUGCGUGAUUGUUGAAGAUAACGAGUACGAUUAUCUUAGUGAAUUUGAUGUAUUGUUGUUUUGUAUUGUGAAUUCGCAUUGUUUCUAUGAUUAAAAUGAGUGUAUGUGUGUGUGUUAAUUUUUUUUUUUUUUGGUAACAAUAUGUGUUAAAGAAAUAAAUAAAUUUUUAAGUGUAGCUAAUAAUUUUUAUCCGAUUAAAACCUAUUUUUAGUGUACGUGCAGUGUUAACAUCAUAAUGAAACAGAGGUUGUAUGAGUGUAUAAGAUUGAAUGAACUUUCUUAGUGUAAUAGUGUCAUAGGUAACAUCCAACACUACAAUAUACAAUAUGGGCUUGUUUGGCAAUUGGCUUUUUUUUUAUGGUUUUUGGCUUUUGAUUUGGUUAACAAGCCAAAAAAUAUGUUUAAGUUAUUUGUUGUUGGCUAAAAAGCUAAACAUUCCCUCGAAAGCUAGUAAGACUAGCUUUUUUGUGUUGGUUGUUAGCCUUUAUACUUACUCUUACAUUAUUUUUUUUCCCUAGUUAACUAC